AUGUCUGCCAAAAGGUUUGUUUUUAAAAAUGGUAAAAACAGAUGAGUACUGUAACUUUUUUUGCUUUAUCAAAGGGUUUAUGCUAAGGCUAGGGUUUUGCACAGCAUGUUUAUUAGUACCAAAUAGUUGUACAGUAACCUAAAAUUAAAAAAAAAUGUUUGUCAUACUGUAACUAGUACGGUACUAAACCCCAAAGUUAAAUAAUUUAGUACGGUACUAAAAGCGAAGUUAAAUAUAUUUAAAUAUGUUGUUGUAGCAUCAUUGCUCUCCUUUUUAUCUUCGCCUUCGCCAUGUCAGCUCAAGCUCAAUGUGGGUCAUCAUACUACGGAGGAUACUACCCAUCAUACAGCGGCUAUGGUGGCUACUCUUCAUACUACCCUUCAUACAACUAUGGACUGUAAGUUUAUUUGUAAUAUCUAAGCCAGAAGAGCUAAGUAAACUUUAAGUACAGUAUUAUUAGUAGCACAGUACUAUUACAAGUACAGUACUAUUAGCAGCACAGUCCUAUUAGUAGUGCAGCCCUAUUAGUAGUACCAUAUAGUACCUUAAGAUAAAAACGUAAAGCAAUUCUUCCGUUACAGAGGCUACUCCUCCAACUACGGUUACUACGGCAAACGUGAAGCUGGAUUCGAACAGCCAUCAGCUGGCCGCCAUACCCGUCAUGCUGAGAAACAACAGUAA